AGAAGGCUGAGGUUUUACCGCUUAGUGUUUCAAAUUAGUAGAAGCAACAAGACGAUUAAAAAAUCUCCCAAAAUUGAACUCAUAGAGAAAGAUUUUAAAACAGUGAUAAUGUCUUCUUUAAGUCCAUCGGAGAAACCGAGCACAAGCUCCGACUUGCAGAAGCAACAUGAAAAGGAACGAGAGUGUUCUUUAGCCGAGACCCAGAAUUUUGAUGAGAUCGACAAGCGAUUGGAGAUGCUUUUGGCCCGUGUAACAACUCUCGAAAGAUCGCUGAGCAAGUUGAACUUCACCACUCAGCCAUCUUGCACUGCAGGAAAUCGAGAAGAUACCGAUGAGGAAUUAGAGGGCCUUGAGAACGUAUUGAACGCCCAGGAGCGUCUACUUUCGGACUCUGCGGAUGGCGAAGAUAUCGAAGAAAAGGAAGGGGUCGAUCCUAUCCAAGAUUUACCUGAAGAAAAUUAAACAAUUAAUAAGUGCUUAUAAUGCUUUGAAGGAUAUUAAAAUAUCUAUUGUUGUUGUUAGUUAAUGGCAGAAAAUAAUUGAGAACGGUGUAAAAUAAUAAAAAGUACAAGUAGCAUUCAAA